UGAGGCAUAAGGUCGCUUUAAGAGAUAUCUCAGCCGCUAUCGGAGCUCCGGGCUGGACGCCUGCCACCAGCAGCUCCACUGAGAAGAAAGAGAAAAGAGAAGAAAAGAAAGAAAAAGACAAAAACUCCGCGUCUCACCUGCGACAGAGGUGCCAGAAGGAAAUAAUAUUCGGAGCGCGUCCGCGCCGUGGAGACUCCCGGUACCUGUCCGGAGUCCGGAGCGGAGGGAGACCGGCUCAGCUCAGUCCGGCUCAGCUCAGUCCGGCUCGGAUCAGUCCGGCUCGGAUCGGCUCCAGAGAGGACGCACGGCUGCAGACACACACUCUCCAGGACGGCUGCACAGACGGAGUGCUGCAAAUGAAGACUGCUGUAAAGGCCACCAGAGAUUAAGGACUGAGGAGCAAACUGUUUUUUAGAAAUGCAAAUAUUAUUCAUGAACUAAUUACAGCAGGUGUGACAAGACAAAUUAGUCCAAUUAGUCAUCUUCCUUUGAAGUGAGCCCAGAAAAAAAAAAAAAAAAAAAAAAAAACACACCAUGGAGCUGCAGCCCAACACCAAUCACAACCAAGCCCUGAGGAGGGAAAUGCUGUGGAACGCCACGGAGGACUGCUCGCUGUCUGUCAGCGGCACCACUUUCCUCAUCAUUGCUUACAGUACGGUUAUGGCGGUGGGUCUCAUCGGGAACUCCUGUCUGGUGUUCGUGAUCACGAGGCACAAGGAGAUGCAGAACGUGACUAACAUCUUCAUCGUCAAUUUGUCUUGUUCAGACGUUCUCAUGGGUAUUAUAUGCCUGCCAGUCACGAUUAUCUACACGCUGAUGGACCGCUGGAUCCUGGGAGACACCCUGUGCAAGCUCACGCCCUUCGUCCAGUGCAUGUCAGUUACUGUCUCCAUCUUCUCCCUCGUCCUCAUCGCCAUGGAGCGUUACCAGCUCAUCGUCCACCCGACCGGAUGGAAGCCGAUGGUGGGCCAGUCCUACCUCGCAGUGGCUGUCACCUGGAUAGUGGCCUGCCUGAUCUCUGUGCCUUUCUUCCUGUACAAUGUACUUACCUUGCCUUUCCACAACAUGAGCAUGCCGUUCCCGGUCAACGAGCAUCUGGUCUGCAUGGAGGUGUGGCCCUCGGUUCACGCCCGGCGGGCUUACACCACCUCCCUGCUCAUCUUCCAGUACUUCCUCCCUCUCAUCCUCAUCUUGGUCUGUUACCUGCACGUCUACCUUCGCCUCCGGAGGAGGAAGGACAUGGUGGAGCGCGGCAGGAACACCGCUCAGAAGAACAGGGGCGCCACCAGGAUCAACAUCAUGCUGGUCUCCAUCGUGGUGGCCUUCGCCCUCUCCUGGCUGCCCCUCAACGUUUUCAACACGGUGUUCGACUGGAACCACGAGGCCAUCCCGUUCUGCGGCCACGACGUCAUCUUCUCCUUCUGCCACCUGACGGCCAUGAUGUCCACCUGCAUCAACCCCAUCAUCUACGGCUUCCUCAACAGCAACUUCCAGAAGCAGCUCAAGUCCACCCUGCUGCGCUGCCGCUGCUGGAGGGUGGCGGAGAGGUACGAGAACGUCCCGCUCUCCACCGUCAGCACGGAGGUCACCAAGGGCUCGUUCCUGAGCAACGGAUCGGUCAGCAACAACACUUAACAUCAAGGUUUUUGUUUUUUUUUUGUUUUUUUGAGCGAGAGGCAGAGAAACCCAUGGCAUCAGUUCUUCAGUCUUCAUUGCGUCAUCCUUCAGAGCUCGUCUUGCUUUGUUGUACGCUAAAGUGAGGCUGACAUUUACAAUGUUAUAAACCUCACUGUAGCGGUCAGGAGGGAGCGAGCUGGAGACACUUAACCGGCAGUGCCCUCGAUUCAGCGUGAGUCCACAUGCAAGAGGAAGUAGAUAACAAAAUGAUAGUCCAAAGGUUGGCCAUGUUUAAGUGUCUGAGAACACCGGAAGACACUUUGUAUGAUAUGAGUACAUUUGCAGCAAAUGUCCAGAAAGCUUAUUUCCUCUGUACUGUAGACACACAAAUGAGGGGAGAUCAUUUAAUCUGGUGUACACAUAUUAUGUGUUCUCUUUAUAGCAGGCAGAGGUCAGUUUUAAAAGACUAACAACUGUUUAGGUUUUU